AUGAGCCAACCCUACCUCUCCGCACACAGUCAAAGGAUAAUCGAUGUAACCGACCCGAGCGAUUGGAACACCACUAGACUCCCGCUUCUCGGUUCCGUGGACUCGGCGUUGCGAUGCCAGAUCUGCAAAGACUACUACCACACCCCCGUCAUGACGGGCUGCUGCCACACGUUUUGCUCCGAGUGCAUCCGACGGUCGUUGGUGCGGGAGCAAAAGUGUCCUGUGUGCAGGGCUACCGCUCAGGAGAAUCAGCUUAGGAAGAAUGGAGCCGCGCAGGAAUUGGUCGCUGCUUUCGUGGCGGCGAGGCCGCUAUUGAUGGAGGUGGCGAAAGAGAGUGUUGAGGAGAGGAGGUUUUCUACUCGUGGAGAGGAGGGUGGUACCGAGGAUGGGGGUGAGGAUGAUGGUUAUCCGGGCUUCAGGGAGGAAGGAGGGCGCAAGAGGAGGAGAGGGAGGAGGAGGAUUGAAGGUGGGGGUGCUCCGGAUGGGCCUAUGGAGAGUGCCGGCGGCGGGAGGAUUACUAGGGGUUCUAGUGGUAGAGUUGGAUCCCAGCCUUCCUCUCAACCCUCGUCACAAAAUCAGGUUAUAUGUCUUGAUGAUGAUGAUGGUGAUGAAGAUUAUAAACCACCGCCAUGUCAGAUUUACUCCCCCACCCCCUCUCCCAAAUUCUCGGAUAAUCGCAGGACUGACCAUUCGCUUACUCACAGCAUCCGGAAUGGUUGCAUGCCCUAUCUGCAGUCAGUACAUGAAGGAGAAAAGGGUCGACUCUCACAUCGAGAGCGGCUGUCCAAAGGAAUCCCCAGCAUCACCACGCAAGCGCCUCCGCGGCGGCGAAAGCUCAUUUUUCGGCUCCUCGAAGUCUCAAUCAGGGUACACUCCAGCCUUCCCUCCGGCCUCCAAAAGAGUUGACACAAAGCCCGGCGCCCCAUACCCAAACCCCGCCAACCCUCUGGACCUCCACCCACUGCCAAAGAUAGCCUUCAACAUGAUGAAAGAGUCUGCCCUCCGCAGCAAGCUCCAGGAACUCGGUAUCCCGUCCUACGGGAGCAAGAGGACCCUUCAAGAUCGCUACAAUGAGUGGCUCACGCUCUGGAAUGCGAAUGUGGACUCCGUGACGCCGAAGAGCAAGAAGGAGUUGUUGAAGCAGUUGUCAUCGUGGGACGCUAUCAAUCGGGUUCCGGUCGUGGAGAAGACGAAGGUUGCGGGGUGGACGGAUCAGGGAUGGUCGGAGUCUAACAAAUCGCACUAUGACGAGUUGAUUGCAAAGGCGAGAACGCCUAGAGUGAAGCCCGAGCCCGUGAAGGAAGGGGGGGAGGAGGAGGAGGAGGCGGAGGCGGAAGAAACAGACGAUAUUACUUCAAUAUCAAGCGCACAGAUGGACGGUGCUUGUGCUGCGCCAACUACUUUGCCAAAUAGUAACAUCAUCCAGACUACCGUCCUCAACGACAAAGUUCCACUAAAUAACGUCACACAAUCCUUUCAGCCCGACUUUCACCAACCGUACCUUGAUCAAGCUUUCACCACUGCGUUACACUCCACCCCAUCACCACCACCCCCAUUCCAAGCACCCCCCACGUACCUCCCCUACUCGCACGUAAACGUGAGUGAGAUGUUCGUCGCGAACCCCCUGCCACCAACCACGGUGCUGGCGGGCGCGGAGAGCGAUACGGAUAGACUAGCUAUAGUGGAAGAGGAUUCAUCACUGAUAGGUCUAUAUGGUAAACGAAAGUACGAGGAAAUGGAAAUCGGGUGUAAAAAGGGGGGAGGGAGUACCAGUGGUGGGCUAUAA